AUGGGCGACACGACGUCCGAAAACUUUCUUAGAGUCAUCGUCGAUCCGGAUGAUGCGUGUGUUGACAUCGUCGCUGUUCAUGGCCUUAAUCCAUUUAACACCAAAUUUCACGCUGAAAGGACAUGGACUGUUCAUAGCGACAGCGACAGAGGUGCACUAUGGUUGCGGGAUUUCCUUCCGAAGCAGUUGCCAAACGCGCGUGUGAUGCUCUUUGGGUACAAUUCCAACGUUGCGUUUGAGACUUCGAUUAGUGGCGUCCGCGAACAGGCAUCGAACUUAUUGAACCGACUCCAGUUAAAACGCCGUGAUGCGGCUAAUAGGCCGAUUGUCUUUAUUGCACACAGCCUUGGGGGCAUCGUAGUGAAACAGGCCCUAGUCGAGACAAAAUUGAACCCAACAUACGAAGUAAUCGGUAGGUUGACAUACGGCAUAGCUUUCUUCGGAACCCCCCACCAAGGCAGCGACAAGGCCGGCCUCGGAGAAAUUGUCGCAACAGUGACGCGUGCAGUGCGACGAGAUGUGCCAAAUUCUUUCAUGGAGUCAUUGAAGAAGGAUACACUCUUCUCUAACGAGCUCAUUGAGAACUUCAAGCACCAACUCGAAGACCGACACAUCAUCAGCUUUUUCGAGACGAAGCCAUAUAAGAAGCAUGGACUGAAGCUGGGACUGAUUGUUGAUAAGAAGUCAGCCACAUUAGGGCUUCCAGGCACCCGUGAAACAUCGAUUGGACUCGACUCUGAUCAUGAUGAGAUGUGUAAAUUUGCGUCAGCCGAUGAUGACAUGUAUGAGCAGGUGGCUGGAAACAUUAUACAGCUUGUCGAGCGUGCGGUUGAAGACGCAAAGCAUCGCCAGAGGCUUGCCGACCUGGCGCUUCCUAUUGCUAGUCCUGGUGAUGGCAACAAUAGGAUUGCAGCACAAGAGCAACUGAAGAUAGCAAAGGACCAGCUCCAAGCCCAGGUAAACCUUGUUCAGAAGAGGACGUCCGACAUGGAACAGGAGUGCCACCAGCUAUUCCGCCUCACAAAUAGCAACAGAGAUAUCACAUACGAGUGGUAUAAAGACCAAGUGAGGGAAAGGGUUGACGGCACGUGCAUGUGGCUCCUCGAACACAAGCAUUUCCAGAGUUGGCUAACACGGGAGUCUGGGCCUCUGCUAAUUACAGCAGAUCCUGGUUGUGGUAAGUCAGUGCUAGCUAAGUACCUAAUCGACUACGGCUUGCCACAAUCAUCAACUAUCUGCUACUUCUUCUUUAAGGAUCAUGAUCAGAAUACAGUCCGGCAAGCGCUUUGCGCACUACUCCACCAGCUCUUUAAUCAGAAGCUACCUCUAAUUAAAUACGCCUUACCAUAUUAUAUAAAGCAUGGCAAAGGUCUUAUUAACUCAACAAGAUCGCUUUGGGAAAUUCUACAAAUGGCUAUAAAUAAUAAUGAGGCGGGACCAGUAAUCGUGGUCCUUGAUGCCUUAGACGAAUGCGCUGAGUUAGACUUUGCCAACUUAAUGCAAAAUAUAAGAAGCCAAGUCUGCAGCAGCCGGUCUAAACAUAGCAAGUUAAAGUACCUUCUAACGAGUCGCCCGUACAACGAGAUCACGUCUAAAUUCCGAGACCUUUUGGAACCGUUUCCAAGUAUGCGUAUACCAGGGGAGGAAGAUUCGGAAACCAUUAGUCAGGAGGUAAAUCGCGUCAUCACAUACCGAGUCAAUCAACUGCGGACGAAAGACCCAACAAAGGGUCAGAUGGAGGGCCUCUCACCCGAAAUUAAGAGGCACCUGAAGAGAAGACUGCAGAAGAUCACCCACCGCACCUACCUUUGGGUACACCUUAUGUUUGAUUACUUGGAUAAAGAAGACUUCAAGAGAACGAAAAAAGGGGUAGACUCAGCAAUUACAGCAUUCCCCAGGAGUAUUAAUGAGGCAUAUGAGCAAAUUCUUAACAAGUCCAAAGACGAUCCAAUAGUUCGAAAGACAUUAUGCAUUAUGUUAGCUGCAAGCCGACCGCUAACACUCGCGGAAAUGAAUAUUGCCGUAAAUCUAGACAAUAAAGCACAAUCUAUAUACGACCUUGACUUGGAGAGCGAAGAGGACUUCAUAACGCAUCUUAGAUCUUGGUGCGGAUUGUUUAUCUCAGUCCACGACGGCAAUAUAUACUUUCUUCAUCAAACUGCUCGCGAGUUUCUCCUCGCAGAUUUAAUGUCACCCUCAAAUGUUCGACCACAGCUACAAUGGUAUCAGUCUAUCACAAUCCAACACGCACACGCCGUCUUCGCAGAGGUUUGUUUGCUGUAUCUGAACCUCUUUAACUCAGGCGUCAGUCCUCCGGACACUCCGGACACAACGGGCUCGGAAGUUAGCCAAUCUGUCGAUUGGGAAGCCUUACUCGAUUACGCGGCAACUCACUGGGUUGUUCACCUUCGAAAAGGCGAUAUGGUCGACAAUUCAGCAAUGGCGACUGCUACCUUAAAAGUUUGCGAUCCGAAUGUGCACGAGGCAUGGUUUGAUAUAUACUGGGAACCUCCACCGUACAGGCCCAAGGAGUUUACGAAUCUUAUGAUGGCAUCGUUCUUGGGUCUGAAAGCUGUCGCUAUGCUAGCUUUAGAAGGAGGCGCAGAGACCGAGGCGAAAGACAGCUUCGGUCGAACGUCACUACAUUGGGCCGCUUAUGAGGGCCACGAGGCGAUUGUGGAGAUGCUGUUGGACAAGGGCGUCGACAUCAACGCGCAUGACGCGAAUUGUGGUUGCACACCGCUAUGGUUGGCCGCCAGCAAGGGACAUGAAUCCAUAUGCAGAUUAUUGGUUUAUAAUGGAGCCCAUAUUGACGCAACUGAUAACUGCGGCCAGACACCGUUGCUUUGUGCUGCAAUGGAAGGCCACUGUGCCGUCGUUAAUCUCCUGGCUAGUGAUGGCGCUGACGUUGAAGCGAAAGAUAAACAUGGCUGGACAGCACUGUUGCGUGCCUCCACAAAUGGCCAUGACAACAUCGUUAAGCUCUUGACUAGUAAAGGUGCCAAAUUGGAGGCGAGAGAGGAGUUGAAUGGUCGAACAUCCCUAUUGUGUGCCGCCGGAGAGGGACACUGCUCCAUUGUUGAGAUUUUUCUCAGACAUGGGGCCGACAUCGAAGACGUAGAUAAACACGACAACACCCCGCUCUUGUUAGCCGCCUGGUCGGGAUAUGCAGCAACCGUCGAGAUACUUCUUAAGAGUGGCGCCAACACUGAGUCAAAAGACUGCUUGGGUGGAUCGUCCUUGCUAUAUGCCGUGGAAAAUGGGCACAUUGCCACUGUGCAGUAUUUGCUGGAUUACGGCGCUAAAAUUGAAUCUAAGGAUGAUCGGGGUCGGACGGUACUGCAGCUGGCUCAAUUAAAUCAUGACGAAGCCAUUAUCACGUUGCUGCAGCGAGAACAGCAAAAGUUUUAUCCGCGAAAACGACACCGCAGGACAUACUAA